AUGGCACCCAACAAAAAAUACCAGCAGCAAUUCGCAACGGAGCAGCUGGAGGCACACAUGAGCAGCAGCAGCAGCAGCAGCAGCAGCAGCAGCAGUGGCAGCGGCUGCUGCUGUCUCCUGCUGCACCCCGAUGGCACCCAACAAAAAAUACCAGCAGCAAUUCGCAACGGAGCUGUUGAGGCUAUACUGCCCCCAGUCAUCCUCGAGCCGGAAGAUCCAGCAGCAGAGGACCAGCAGCAGCAGCAGCAGCAGGAGCAGCAGCAGAGCGCAGCACAACCCGGUGAAGACCGCAGCAGCAGCAGCAGCAGCAGCAGCAGCAGCAACAAGUGCGGCAGCAACGGAGUUUAUUCUUUGCAGCUGUUUCUCUCCUUCAACGGCAAGGAGUUCAGCAGCAAACCCAAAACAUUUGAGGUGUAUAGGCAGCUCCAGGCGGACCAGCUGCUGCUCUUCACUCUACUCAAUCCUCCUGCUGCUGCUGCUGCUGCUGCUGCUGCUGCCAGGAGCAGCAGCAGAGCGCAGCACAACCCGGUGAAGACCGCAGCAGCAGCGCGUGACGCAGGAGCAACAGCAGCAUCAUCUCCAUCGUCAGCAGCAGCAGCAUCUGCGCGUGACGCAGGAGCAACAGCAGCAUCAUCUCCAUCGUCAGCAGCAGCAGCAUCUGCUGCUGCUGCUGUUGCUGCUGCUGCAGCAGGAGAGGUGCAGCAGGUAGAUGAAGAAGCGCUGCUAAGCAAAGGAACGUUUGCUGCUGUGCUGCUGGAGUGUGGGGUGUCUGUACACUCCCCUUGCUUCCGGCUGACGGUGCUGCAAGAGAGUCCUCCUGCUGCUGCUGCUGCUGCUGCUGCUGGUGCUGCUGGUGCUGGUGCUGCUGCUGGCUCGCACCACCGCAGCAGCAACCACAGCGGCCCCCCGCGUGAACCGAAUGCUGCUGGCUCGAGUCAUCAAGCUGCUGCUCCGUCUGCUGCAGCAGCAGCAGCAGCAGCAGCAGCAGCAGGAGGGUCGGCGACCCCAGCACCCGCAGCAGCAGCUGCAGCAGCAGCAGCAGCAGCAGCAGCUGGCGUGGAUUCGUCUGCGAAGGGAGAGACAGAAGAAGCAGCCCUGCUGCUGGUGCUGCUGGUGCUGCUGGUGCUGCUGCUGGCUCGCACCACCGCAGCAGCAACCACAGCGGCCCCCCCCGUGAACCGAAUGCUGCUGGAUCGAGUCAUCAAGCUGCUGCUCCGUCUGCUGCUGCAGCAGCAGCAGCAGCAGCAGCAGCAGGAGGGUCGGCGACCCCAGCACCUGCAGCAGCAGCUGCAGCAGCAGCAGCAGCAGCAGCAGCAGCAGCUGGCGUGGAUUCGGGCAGAGCCUGAAUUAGGGUUUAGGUGCGAGCUGCCUGUGCUGAAGGGCAGCAGCGAGGGGCACAGCCUGUGCACGCUGGAGCUCUCCAUAGACGGCCUUCACUUCGUUCCCGUUGCAGGCGGCAGGCCCCUCAAGCUUAAGAGAGAGAUUGUCGUUGCGGAGGCAACAGGAGAAGAGCAGUCAGCGUGA